AUGGCUAAUAACAUGAAUAUGAGAGAGGAAGCAAAAUUACUGAGUCAGACUGUGGCCAACCCUAAAGGUCAAUAUGGAGCAAAGAAGUCGGGUGGGAAUGGAAAGCACCAUGAACAGGUGCAAGCAGUGAUUACCGUCAAAAGUGGGAGGGAGUUAAAGCCUCGGCCAGUUGCGUCUAAUCAUCCCAACAACCCCAUAAAAGAGAGGUGUUUAUUUGUGGAUGUUGUGGAUGAGAUUGUGGAGGAGGCUUUACCCUCCAUUCUUAUAGAGGACCCUUCAGAGGCUUGUUUAGCUCAUUUUGGGUUUGCAAAUUCUGAUAUUGACGGAUUAAUUGAAGAGAUCCUAGAGCGGUUAGCAGCGCAAAGCUACUAUUGUUUCCUUGAUGGCUGUUCUAGUUACAAUCAAGUUCCUAUGUGUUCGGAUGAUCAGGCAAAGACCGCCUUCACAUGUCCUUUUGGCACUUUUGCCUAUCACCGAAUGCCCUUUAGGCUUUGCAAUGCACUAGCGACCUUUCAACGGUGUAUGAUGGCUAUCUUCUUUGACAUGGUGGAGAAAUUCUUAGAGGUCUUCAUGGAUGACUUCUCUGUAUUUGAGCCAUCUUUUGAGGAAUGUCUCUAG